GUUUCUAAUGCACAACAAGAAAACGCGUUCGCGACUGCGCGUUUCUCACUUCGAAGGACGAGUUCCGCAACUCCAUUUCGAGUGUACAUCCACCGCAGGUGCUGUUGUGUCGGAUAGCCAAAAAUCACGGAGCAUACGGGCGGUUUUCUCCUUUUGCUUCCGCCGGCAAGAAGCGCCACAAUAAUUCAACGCUCUCUCUUCCUUCCCUUCUUCUCUCCGACUUCUCCCUCUCCGUCUCCUCUCUUUUCGCCUGGACUCUCGCGUCUCUCCCUCUCUGGGAGGCAGCUCUCAGCGUCGCGCUCUCUCCUAUAUACAGAGGCGAGGCCUAAACGUUCACCUGUCUGUCGCUGUUUUGUGUCGUUCAGAAGCGAAUUUGAAUCUCCAAAGACAGCCUGGUAGUGCACAAACGCGCAUGCAUGAGUUCUUCUGCUCUGAGUGAAGCUUCCUGUCGCUGUCAGCCGUCGCGGUCCUCGUCUCUCCUGGCUCAACCGCCGUCGUGUUCUUCCCGGAAGAAAGCCGUCUGCAGGAAAUCCAGGAGGUCGUCUUCUGAGCUUUCUGAGAUCCAUUUUCAAGUUUUUUCUUCCACACAUCCCAUAUUUUGGUUGAAGGUGCACGAAUUCGAUUAUUUCUCAAAACCUUCGCUUCACAAAAAUCCUUCUCCGUCGAGCUGCACCUGAACUUUCCAUCCCCGUCGUCGCGUCGCCUUUACGCGCCUCUCUCCUCAGCCUCCUCACCGGUCUUUCGGCUCUAGCAAGCCUCUCAGGGAAGUUGUGGGUGUAUGUACAGGUCGUGUCGGUCGCUGCUUCUCUGCAAGCUGCUCCUCGGUGGCUUUUCUGCCUCGACAGCCUUCCAGAUACACCUUGCCUUUUUGAUUCUGUGAGAACCGUUUUGGAACGCGACCAUUUUCUUCCUCUUUUUCCGGCUCACGCUACGUCUCCGCGUCUCCCUGUCGCAGCUUCUUCUCGCUUGCUGUCCUGUGGUAGUCCAAAGAAACGGCAAAGUUCCACUUUCUGCGCGAAAGAGAAAUGGCUGCCAUCGCUGCAGGCGCCGCGAGCCAGGCCCCGCGCUCCCCCGCCAGUCUCGCCUCCCUCAGCCUUCAGCAGCUCGUGGGAGUGAAGGAGCAGCUCGACGCAGAAGUUCAGAACUUGUCGGCACAUCUGCGCACACUGCGCAUGGCUAGCGGCCGCUUGCAAGAGGCGCGAGAGGCGCUGUCAAAGUUCGCGAGUCCUGCUGAAGCGACUGAAGAAGAAGACCAGGCUGAAGUCCUCGUGCCUCUCACGAGCUCUGUCUACGUGAAGGGCCGGCUGGUAACUCGCAAAAAGCUCCUCGUGGACGUUGGAACAGGUUUCCUCAUCGAGAAGAACUGCGAAGAUGCCAAGAAAGGUCUUGACAGAAACGUCAGCAUGGUGAACGAACAGGUCGCGAAGGUGGAGAAGAUUUUGCCUGAGAAGCAGCGCCAGUCUGAAGCCGCGCAAAGCAUGAUUCAACAGAAAUACUUUCAGCAGCAACUCAUGCUGCAGCAACAAGUCCAGCAGAGCGGCGGUCAACCGGCACCGAAAUAAACAGUGUACUGAGUUGCCGCGUUCCAGAGUAUGUCCGUAUUCUUCUGCUGCCGAGAGUCGAUGUGUGAGCUGGAAAGCCGCGCAGUUGAACUGAAGUAGAAGUGAAAAACCGGAUGCGAUCUGUGCUGGCUUUUCGGGCCUCCCCAGUGCGUGUGGCUGCCUACCGGACACCCAGCUACCGACUUUCUCGGCGUUUCUGCGCGUGUCAUCUUGUCAGCGAAACCGAGCGACCAUAGACACUUGACUUUCCUCAGUUUGUUUCAGCGCGAUGCAUUUUUUCCGUGUUCGUCUGGAGUCGGUGUGGAGCUGCGGAACAUACCCGGCAACGGUCACAACAAUCGGGAAGACAGGCCGGGAGAUGUCAGGGCGUUGUCGUACAC